AUGGUAGGUGCAGAAGAACAUGAUGAUCAACAAGUAGCAUCUUACUCAAGUUUGAUGGAAAGCCAAUUGUGUGAAAAAUUUUUGGCCACAGGUGAAAGUUACCGGUCUUUAUCAUUUGCCUAUCGUAUAUCACCAUCUUACAUUUCAAGAGUUGUUAAAAAUGUUUUGAAGAUAUUAAGAAUAAGGCUGCUGCCCAUGUUGAUGCCACCUUCUACUGAAUCAGAUUUCAGACCUGCAAAGUUCCUUCUGGUUGGUGACGAUGUGUGUAGUGUUAACUUUAAAGAAGAAAUUGCAGAAAUUUUUAAACUGUGUUGGAAAAAGAAAAUUUUAAACAUUGUCGUGGCAGUUACAUGUAGAGAAAUGAACUAUUCUUCUACAAGUGUUCUGACUUAUGAUCCUUUUUUGGUUAAAGAUAGCAUAUGGAGCGACUCUUACACCCCAACACUAUUAGAGAUCGAAGACAUGAAUAACAUUUAUUACGAAAAAUUCAUGAAUCUUAACGGCAACGAUGUUCGCGCCUCAAUGUUUACUGUAAACCCCAGCGCGAUUGAAGACAAUACCACCGUUUCUAAAUUUCGUGGCUGCGACGCCCAGAUGACAGAAACGUUGGCGAAAUACAUGAAUGCAACUCUUGUGAUGUUGCCAAAUGACGGGUCAGGCUUUGGGAAAUGGAACGGUACUGUUAACACCGGAACGGAUGGCGACGUCAUGUUUGAAAGAGCAGACAUCGCACCAAAUACUCGGUACAUAAUUGUUGAGAGACUGAAAGUCCACGGGUACACUUACCCUCACGACAAAGAAGACCUGUGCAUCCUUGUGAAUAAGUCAUCUCGUAUUCCUCAGUACCUCAACAUUAUUCUGCCGUUUGCCACAAUAGCCUGGAUGACAAUUCUUUUAAGUAUGCCAUUUACAGCUUUUUUCUGGAGUUUAAUUCGUCGCUUUGGCAGUGAUUCAUCAAGGGCAGAAAAGUUUGCGUGCGUGUACAUUACUAGCUUUCUUAAAAUAUUUUCUGUGUUUCUGUCAGUAGCUGUACCAUCGCUUCCAUCCGUUGGCCGCGAGCGCAUACUGUUCGUCAUGUGGACGUUCUUCAGUCUCAUAAUCACUAACACGUUUCAGGGAUCGCUGACGAGCUACCUCACAAUUCCAAAGUACAUGCCAGACAUCGACACGAUGGAACAGUUGUCCAGAUCGGGCUUAAAGAUCCUCAUACAUCCGGAGCUGCUGCCCGUUUUCAAACUAGACACGGGGAACCCCGUGAUAGAUGCACUCAACAGUAAUCUCAUACCUGACAUUGACAUGGAGGGAUACCCAGAGAAAAUCCAGAGUGAUGGCGGCACGUGUGCUUUGGUGAACGCAUACGUCGGCCAAUUUUUGAUACGAAGUAGACAUUACGUGAGAAACGGUUUCCCGUUACUGCAUUUGACGAAGGAGUGUCCUCUGCCUGCAGUUGUUGCUUUUGCUACUCAGAAGUAUUCCCCGCUACAGCCUAGAUUCGACUCGCUGAUAAGGCGCAUCGUAGAAGCCGGGCUUUACAAAAAGUGGCAGCAAAAUACGCUGGACGAAUCGAUAGCAGCGGGAGACCUUCUGCUUAUUAGUAACCGUGAAGGAAAAGCUGAUCCGGAACGCAUAACUAUGUCCCAUCUUCAGAUGCCAUUUUACUUACUCUUCCUUGGUUACUUCCUAAGUUCUGUCCUCUUCUUCACCGAGUAUGUAAGAACGAAGAUGAACACUGAUAGCACAAAAAAUGAAGGAAACAAAAAACUUGGAAGACGUCAGAAUUAUCAAACUCCGGAACGCGGCAGUGGCAGUUUAUUUCAAGGUCCGUAG